UUGGCCAUAACAAAUGGCGAGGUGGUAAUUCUAUUUUUUUUAUAUAUAUCUGACAGACACUCGGAUGACAACAAGCAAGCAGUAUGGAGGCACGUUAUGAUUUCUGUUGUUUUAUUACAUCUGAAGAAGAGGUCGCUAUUGACUUCAAUUGAAUUGGAUUUGGUUGCAACAAAGUUUACCCCUCAGACUCCAGUGUUUUGUGGACUCAAACACUUCACUCACCCUUCCAUCGGCAUAGUGAUGAGUAGAUAAUGAGUGAUUUUUCAUUUUCUUUGAAAUAUCCCUUUAAAGAGGUAUACCAUUAUGCUGGGUGAGAUCACAAACCAUUACCAGUGUAUUUAUUCUCACACCACUCUGCUCUCCCAUCAGCUUCUUCAAUGCAAAUGAGGUUUAACACAUUAAACACAUCUACGGAGAGAUAUUUGCAGAUAUGUUCAUAUGCCCAUGUACGUUUAUAUGUAUGUAAAUAGAUGCAAUUAUUAUAUUAUGUUAUAUUGAAUAUAUUUGAACAACUUGACUAUUUUAAAUACUCAUUAAGUUUUUAUUGUGAGUUAUAAAUGAGCUCAGAAACCAGUAGUUUCCUCACUAUUUAUUCUUCAAUAAUUCUCAUGUUGUUCACUUAACCUCAAACUUUUUAUUUCUUAUAGCUCUCAUGAAGCUGCAGUCAUGCGGUUUGAGGGCGAAAAGCUGCAAUGACGAAGUCACUGAACCAAAACAGCAGCCACCCAGAGACCCUUUGCUGCAGCUGGUCUCCCUGCAGAAGGCGUCUGGCUGCUGGCUGCUUGAUCCGGCUCUGGCUGCUGCUGUGGGAAAGACCAGCGAGGAGGUGGAGAACACAAAGCCUCCAGCUGUGAACCAGGAAGUGUGGGCCACCAUUCUGGCUCUGAUCUGGCUUCAUGGCUUCAAGAUAGAUGCUAAGCUAGAGUGGGAGCUUCUGGCUAUGAAGGCUGUGUCCUGGCUCCGUGCUCAGAACGUACCAUCAGAGUGCGUGGAAGCUGGAAACACACUGUUGGGUUGCAAUGUGCAGAAAGACGCCAUGGGGCUCUGAGGAUUUCGUAUCGUAUAGGUGCCCAUUUUACAGCAUUUAUUUUGUCUCACUUUAACCCAACAAUAAAGUCCUGUUCUAUCAUGUUUUCCAUUUUCAUUUGAUGUUAUGUUUCACGUGAAUGUGGCUGAGGGGUAGGGUGGUCGUCCUCCAACCAGAAGGUCGGCAGUUCAAUCCUCAAUCUUCCCCAUCUGCAUGCUGAAGUGUCCUUGGGCAAGAUACUGAACCCCUCAAAUGGCCCCUCGUAGAUGUUGAUUCACGAAUUGUAAGUCGCUUUGGAUAAAAGCAUCAGCUAAAUUUAAUGUAAUGAAUGUUACCCCUGCCAUGGAGGUUAUGUUUUCACCCCUGUCUGUUGGUUUGUUUGUUUGUAAGCAUAUUGUGCAAAAACUACUGGAAAUAUUUCAACGAAACUUGGCAGAAGCAUAUGGUAUGUGUCAUUGAAGAACCCAUUAAAUGUUGGUGUGGA